AUGGAUCUUAUAUCUUCUAUUAUGAUUGCAAUAUUCAUUUUCAUGUGUUUAUAUUUGUUCUGGCUGUGGUUUUGUUUCGGAUCUUGUGUUGAGAGACGACAAAAGACUCGGAGCACGCAGCAGAGGCGAACGUACAUGGGCUCUCGUCAGCGGCCGUCAGAAAUUCAGGAGCCUACCAUCUACGUCAGUCCUGCCAACUUGCCACCACCGCCCAAAUAUGAGGCGAUGGCGCCGCCAAGCUACGAAGAGGUAGUGGGCAUCCACUAUCCGAACUACCAACCACAUAUACAACCGAUCACACAACCAUUAUCAACAGCUCUCGCUCAAAGUUCCUACCCUGAAAGUGGUCGUUCUCGUAACGAAAACACAACUGGUAACAGUAACACAACCGAGAACGCCAAUACAGUUGGUAACAACAGCGGUAACAGUUCAGUUCCCCCAUCAACAGUCGUACCUAUUAUCACCGACAACCGGACAACGGUCACGGUUGCAGCUUCA